AUGGAGGUCAACUCCGGUGCCCCGAGCACCAAGAGGGCGAGGCUCACGCCACCGGCGAUGCCUUCCUCUGGUGGUUUGGCGGUAGCGGCUGGAAGCGGCGAGGGUGCGCCUACUGGAUCCGAGGAUCAAGAAGAGCAGUCUGGUCCCGACCGCAUCAGCGACCUCCCGGACGGUGUCCUCGGUGAGAUCAUAUCCCGUCUGUCCACUAAGGAAGGCGUUCGCACUCAAAUCCUCGCACGUCGGUGGCGCUCUGUUUGGCGCGCCGCUCCUCUGAAUCUGGACUGCCGUGAGAUCCCUGUCCCACGUCUUUUUAACCCUCUAGAUCAAGUACAUUUCGAGUUGGUCACCGCGAACUCCGCCACACCGGAGGAACUCGUCUGCGUAACAUACACUGGAACUUUUUUUAGAGGAGAACAUGUCGGUGAAGAUAAUUCCUAUGAUGAUUCGUACCUUCCAGAGGCCAUCCUCUCCGGGCGUCAGAGUGCAGUUCGCCGCCUCUGCAUUCCGGCGUCCUACCUCGACUGCAGGCACUCCACGGUCGAUGACUGGCUUCGAUCCCCAAGACUGAACAAUCUCCAGGUGCUCGAGUUUUACUACCUGUUCCCACCAUGCUUGAUACAACAUGAUAUAGGGCCAUUCUCAUGCCCUUCGCUCAUGCCAUCACCACCAGCAUUAAACCCUCAGAUUUCCUCCUCUCUCCAAACCAUCGCCUUUGCUCUUUGCAAGUUACCAGACAAUUAUGUACGGGCGCUUAAACUACCACUGCUCAGGAGACUCUCGCUAGUAGAUGUUGAUGUAUCAGACGUCUCAUUACAAAGCAUCAUCAGCUCUACUUCUCCUACACUUGAGUCUCUACUGCUUGUUUGGACAGUCAGGCACCAUUGCAUCAGAAUAAACUCACCUAACCUUAUAAGCAUCGACAUUUCUGGUUACUAUGGGAAAAUUGUUAUAGAAGAUACCUCGUCACUUCAAUGGUUGCUUGGUGAUGGUGAUUGCAAAAAGUUGCGGAUAGUUAUCACCUCUGCACCUAAACUGCAGGUCAUGGGCAAAUUAUCUAAUAUUUUCUAUGAAUCCGGCGUCACAAAUGACCGUAUAAUUAUUCAGGAAAUAGCCUCUAAUGAAGAAAGUCUUGCGAACGACUGUUCUUGCAAGCACCAUCAUGACGUUCGUUUGAAGUCAUUGACGCUGGAAAGCUAUGUUCAAUGCGAGAAAAGCAUUCGAUUUGCGACAUUCUUUAUUCUCAACGCAGCACAGCUGCAGACUAUGAGGAUCAAGUUUCUUCUUCAGGAAGACUUCACGGAAGAAUUCUACAAACAGCAACAAGACGUGCUUCAGUGGGACAAAAAGGCUUCUAAACAUGCUUGCCUUAGGUUGUCGCCAAGUUGCAACCACGAGAACUUGGAUCUAAGGCACGCAUGUGUUGAGCACCUGGAUUUAAAGGAUCCAUUCACUUGUAAGUGCUGA